AUGGCUGCUGCAACGAUAGUUCAUGAUACGUCAGAAGCUGUUGAGCUGUGUGCUCCGUGUGGGUUGUACCUCAAGCCCAUUACAAAAAUGACCAUCAGCGUGGCACUUCCUCAGCUGAAACAACCAGGAAAAUCCAUUUCGAACUGGGAAGUGAUGGAAAGGCUGAAAGGGAUGGUGCAAACGCACCAGUUUUCCACUCUGCGGAUUUCUAAAAGCACGAUGGAUUUCAUCCGCUUUGAAGGGGAGGUAGAAAACAAAAGUUUGGUGAAGUCUUUUCUGGCGUGCCUUGAUGGCAAAACAAUAAAACUGAGUGGUUUCUCUGAUAUUUUAAAAGUGCGUGCAGCAGAGUAUAAGAUUGACUUUCCUACCAGACAUGACUGGGACUCGUUCUUUCGUGAUGCAAAAGAUAUGAAUGAGACUUUGCCAGGGGAAAGACCAGAUACUAUUCACUUGGAGGGCUUACCUUGCAAGUGGUUUGCAGCGAAGGAUUCUGGCUCAGAAAAGCCCAACGAAGAAAUUCUUAUAAAAGUCUUCAGCAAAUUCGGAGAGAUACGUAAUGUGGACAUACCUAUGCUGGACCCUUAUAGAGAAGAAAUGACUGGCAGAAAUUUCCACACGUUCAGUUUUGGAGGCCACUUAAACUUUGAGGCUUACGUUCAGUACCGGGAGUACGCGGGUUUCAUUAAGGCCAUGAACGCCCUGCGAGGGAUGAAGCUGAUGUACAAAGGCGACGAUGGCAAAGCAGUAGCUUGCAAUAUAAAGGUUUCUUUUGAUUCAACAAAACACCUGAGUGACGCAUCAAUCAAGAAGCGCCAGCUUGAAAGGCAAAAGCUUCAAGAGCUUGAAAAACAGAGAGAAGAGCAAAAACGUAGAGAGAAAGAAGCUGAGGAAAAACAGAAGGAAGAAGAAAGGAAGCAAAGAGAGCUUGAAGAGUAUGAGAAAGAGAAAAAAAGAGAAGAAAAGUUGCGCAAGAGAGAGCAGAAACAGAAAGAUCGUGAAGUUAGAAGAAACAAAAAACAACUUGAAAAAAUACAAGCUGAAGAGCAGAAAAAACUGCAGGAGAAGAUCAAGCUAGAAGAAAGGAAGCUCCUGUUAGCUCAGAGAAAUCUGCAGUCCAUUAGACUAAUUGCAGAACUGCUAAGCAGGGCAAAGACAGUAAAGCUCUUGGAGCAGGAACAAAAUGAAGAAAAGAUCCGUCUUCAGGAGUUGGAGGAGAGACGAAAACUACAGGAGGCUGAGCUUAGACGUGUGGAAGAGGAAAAAGAGAGAGCACUGGGACUGCAGAGAAAAGAAAAGGAACUGAGAGAGAAACUGCUAAACAAUCUUCUGAGCAAGAAAAUGGAUGCAGCUCUUCAAAACAAAGAGGAAACGGAAGCAUCUCAGUCUGGUAUGCUAAAAACUGCUGGUGCUGUUCCCCACACUGUGUCGUCCAGCUGCAUCACUUCUACCUCGGGACAAACUGUUGAAGGGAAGCCAGCUCCAGGCUGUCAGAGAAAAGCAGCAUCCCCUGAGGGUGUAAAUACUCAAUGCAAGUACUUGAAUGGCGAUGUUGAUGACAGAGGUCAUGUCAAAGAAGGCCAGAAACUUCACACCACGGAGUCUGAGAGGUGUUCGGAGAAACGAAGUUCAGGAGUGCUCUCGUGUGUUCUUUUAAGCGUCUCUGGCUACAACCAGAAACCCUGCAGGAAGGACUCGCGCUGUGAGCAGGGCAAACGGAGCACAGAGUCACGGAGGAGAAAGAGCCGUUCGUGUAGCAGCGUGAACACUGAUGACAGUAAGGGUAGAAGAGAGAGGAGCAGGCACAGAAGAGACGCAAGUUAUCAGGAUGAAAAGCGCAGGAAAGAAAGGAGGUGUUAUAGACACUCUAGCAGAAGUUACAGCCCUCGCCGAAGCUAUAGCCCUCGCCGCCGAAGCGUAAGCCCGAGGCGUUCCCGUUACAGGAGAUCUCGCAGCAGGGAGCGCAGAAGGGACAGGAGGGAGAGGAGUCGCAGUCGCCGAAGCGUGAGCAAGAAACGCAGAUACCGGAGUUGAUCGCUGGGUGAGCAAAGGAGGCCCUGGAGCGGGUAG